AGGAGGGAGAGAUGAAGAGGAGGGAGAGAUGGAAGAAGAGGGAGAGAGAAGAGGAGGGAGAGAUGGAAGAGGAGGGAGAGAGAAGAGGAGGGAGAGAGGGAAGAGGAGGGAGAGAUGGAAGAGGAGGGAGAGAUGAAGAGGAGGGAGUGAUGGAAGAAGAGGGAGAGAGAAGAGGAGGGAGAGAGGGAAGAGGAGGGAGGGAGAUAUGGAGGAGGAGGGAGAGAUGGAGGAGGAGGAGGGAGGGAGAUAUGGAGGAGGAGGGAGAGAGGGAAGAUGAAGAGGAGGGAGAGAGGGAAGAGGAGGGAGAGAUGGAGGAGGAGGGAGAGAUGGAAGAAGAGGGAGAGAGAAGAGGAGGGAGAGAGGAAAGAGGAGAGAGAAGAGGAGGGAGAGAGGAAAGAGGAGGGAGAGAGGAAAGAGGAGAGAGAAGAGGAGGGAGAGAUGGAGGAGGAGGGAGAGAGGGAAGAGGAGGGAGAGAUGGAAGAGGAGGGAGAGAUGGAGGAGGAGGGAGAGAUGGAAGAAGAGAGAGAGAGGGAAGAGGAGGGAGAGAUGGAAGAAGAGGGAGAGAGAGAAGAGGAGGGAGAGAUGGAAGAAGAGGGAGAGAGGAAAGAGGAGAGAGAGAAGAGGAGGGAGAGAUGGAGGAGGAGGGAGAGAUGGAAGAAGAGAGAGAGAGGGAAGAGGAGGGAGAGAGAGAAGAGGAGGGAGAGAUAAAGGAGGAGGGAGAGAGGGAAGAGGAGGGAGAGAUGGAAGAAGAGGGAGAGAGAAGAGGAGGGAGAGAGAGAAGAGGAGGGAGAGAUAAAGAGGAGGGAGAGAUAAAGAGGAGGGAGAGGGAAGAGGAGGGAAGAGGAGGGAGAGAUGGAAGAGGAGGGAGAGAGGGAAGAGGAGGGAGAGAGGGAAGAGGAGGGAUAGAUAAAGAGGAGGGAGAGAGGGAAGAGGAGGGAGAGAUGAAGAGGAGGGAGAGAUGAAGAGGAGGGAGAGAGGGAGGAGAAGGGAGAGAGGGAAGAGGAGGUAGAUAAAGAGGAGGGAGAGAGGAAAGAGGAGAGAGAAAAGAGGAGGGAGAGAGGAAAGGAGAGAGAGAAGAGGAGGGAGAGAGGGAAGAGGAGGGAGAGAUGGAGGAGGAGGGAGAGAGGGAAGAGAAGGGAGAGAGGGAAGAGGAGGGAGAGAGAGAAGAGGAGGGAGAGAUGGAAGAGG